UCCAUCUUCUUCUUCCCAAAGCUUCUGUUUUUUUUCUCUCUCUCUCUCUCUCUACAUAUGAGCUAUGGAGUUCUUUCUAAUAUCAUGCAUCUAAGCUUCUAACCAUCAUCUUUAAUGGGUUACUUAUCUUGUAAAGCAGAAUCAUCCGUGGCCACUAUAGACCAGUCACAAAAGAAACCAAUCAAAAUCAAAGAAUUCCAAUACAGCGAUCUCGAAAACGCCACCAAUGGUUUCUCCGAUCAAAAACUCCUCGGUAAAGGUAGUCACGGUCUAGUCUACAAAGGCGUCCUAAGUAGCGGUCGUCUAGUGGCAGUAAAAAAAUCAACACUCAUCAACCGUCCUCCAUCUUCUCCAUAUUCCAACAACGAAGUCGAUAAUGAAAUCGAAAUCCUCUCUCAAUUACAAAGCCCAUGUCUCGUUAACCUAGUCGGUUUCACCGCCUCUCCCGCCUCAAACCGUCUCCUCGUAGUCGAAUUCAUGAGCAACGGCACUCUCUACGACGUACUACAUUCCAGUUCCCGACAGCCGCCGAACUGGGGACGUAGAAUUAGAUUUGCUCUACAAACAGCUAAAGCGAUCCACGGUCUUCAUUCGUUAAACCCUCCUGUAAUUCAUCGCGAUAUUAAAUCUGCUAAUGUUUUGAUAGACAGGAGUUUUAAUGCUAGGUUAGGCGAUUUCGGUCUUGCUCUUAGAUGCGGUGGAGAUGAUUAUUAUUCAACACCGCCGGCAGGGACAAUUGGGUAUCUAGAUCCUUAUUACGUGACUCCUGAUAACUUGAGCACCAAGAUAGAUGUGUUUAGUUAUGGAAUUCUUUUAUUGGAGAUUAUAAGUGGUAGAAAGGCUAUUGACGUUGGAUAUUCACCACCUUCGAUUGUGGAUUGGGCGAUACCGUUAAUCCGACGAGGGAGAAUUGUUGAUGUUUAUGAUCCGAGAAUUGAACCUCCUAAGGAUCCUAGAGUUAGGAAACAUUUAGCAGUUAUUGCGGCGAAAUGUGUUAGGUCUUGUAAAGAGAGAAGACCUUCAAUGAAGGAAAUUGUUGAGAGUAUUGGUGAAUUGAGUAAAUCUAUACCUCUUCAUUCAUGGAAUGGAAUUAGUAAGCCCUGUGCUAUGAUUGAUACAAUCGGAGGAGGAAAUUCCGGCAGGUGGAAUUCGAAACCGUCUUCAUCAGGGAAUCAGUUUAGAAGAGUUUAUUCUGAUUUGGGUUUGAGGACUAAUUUGAUGGAGUUGAUGACGGGAAAUCAAGAAGAAGAAGAUGGAGAGAAUUUGGCCGGAAAAGUUCAUAGUUGCCGGAGAAGUUCUCGGAGGAGCUUGAAACCACCGAUGGAGGAGGGAGAGUGACUGGUACUAAGUUAUAGUUAUUGAUUUGGGUUUUUUCUUUAUUUGAUCAAUAAAUUAUUUGUGAAAUGAAUUAUCAUAUCAUAAUUAGUCCUUUUUUUUAUUAAACAAAAACAUGUUUUUAUAAUUUGGGAUGAUUUGGAACUUGUUCUAUGUUCAUUUAUUCUAAUGAAUUAAGAGUGGGUUGAACU